AUGGACCCCUUCUCCUUUGCCGGCUCCAAGGACGUCGACCAUGCCGUCAGUGUUCGCAUCAUAAAUCUCGAAGGAGACGAACCACCCGUCAACUUUUCCACCCUUCUCGAACGGCCCGACCUCCGCCAUAUCGGCUCCAACACGAGCCCACACUCGGACCUCUUCGUCACGGUGCAGGUCUGGGCCGGCUCCAAGCCCCUCACCGUGCCCGUCCAGACGGCGUACCGGCCAUUCCGCACAGAGAGGAGGUGGAACGAAUGGCUGGAGCUGCCCAUCACCUACAAGCAGCUACCCCUCAACGCCCAGCUCGCCAUCACCAUGUGGGAUCUGUCGCCCCUCGGGGGGAAGAAUGCCGUCGACAACGCCAUUCCCUUCGGAGGCACCACCCUGCCCAUGUUCGACGCCGACAACCAGGUCCAAAAGGGACACCAAAAGUGUCUCGUCCACAGGCACAAGCGCGCCGACGGCACCGACAACCCCAAAACCCCGGCCAUCGUGGCGGCCAAGAAAAAGGCGACGGCGGAGAACGGCCAGCUCCUGGACAAGGAUGCCGACGAGCUCGACCGCAUGGAGAAGCUGUUCAAGAAGCAUGAGAUGGGCGAGAUCCCCCGCGUCGACUGGCUCGACCAGAUGGUCUUCCGCAGCUUCGAGAAGCGGGGGCUGCAGGCCGCCAAGUCGUCCAUGAAGAUGCUCCAACGCCAACGCGCCGUCGCCGCCGACGACCCCAACGACCCCGACGCCGCCGCCGCCGACGACGACGACGUUGCCCACCACGGCCGCACCGGCACCUCCGUCUUCCUCCUCAACGUGGAGCUGCCGCGCUUCGACUUUCCCGUCGUCUUCGCCGACCACGAAUACGACCCGCCGCCGAUAUCGUCCCUGCAACCCCUGUCGGCCUCCCAAGGCGCCCUCGCCCAGCAGCCCCAGGUCCACUUCGGCCCGGGCAUCAACGCCCUCGGCGAGAGCUCCGACGGCUUCAGCCCACGCCUCAUCAAGGUCUACGACCCCGAAGUGGGCCAGAGGGACAACCCGGCCGAGGCCAAGCACAGGCGGCUCUUCCGAAGCUCCCACCGGCACGGCAUCCUCGACAAAGAUCUGAAGCCCAACGCUAAGGUGCGCGACGAGCUCAACUUGAUCAUGUCGUACCCGCCCACCCAUCUCUUGUCCCCCGAGGAGGCCGACCUCGUCUGGAAGUUCAGGUACCACCUGACGCGCGACAAGAGAGCCCUGACCAAGUUUGUCAAGUCGGUCAACUGGGCCGACCAGGGCGAAUCGAAGCAGGCCAUCCAGGUCCUCGGCCGCUGGACCGCCAUCGACGUCGACGACGCCCUGGAGCUUCUCGGACCCUCGUUCGACAACCCGGCCGUGCGCUCCUACGCCGUCGAUCGCCUGCGCAAGUCCGACGACCAGGAGCUGCUGCUCUAUCUCCUGCAGCUCGUCCAGGCCCUCAAGUACGAGCACAUCUCCGCCGCCGCCGGCGCCCAGGACUCGUCGCUCGCCAGAUUCCUCAUCCAGCGCGCCGCCGCCAACUUCAUGCUCGGCAACUACUUCUACUGGUACCUCAUGGUCGAGUGCGACGACCACAGCCCCGAGCAGGGCCAGGACAACAGGAACAUCUACCGCAAGGUCGCCUACGAGUUCAUGACAGAGCUCGUCAAGCAGCCGGGCGGUACCGACGACAGGAAUGCCCUGCUCCGCCAGGCCGAGCUCGUCGCCAUCCUCUCCCGCAUCGCCGGCGAGGUCAAGGUGUCGAGCGAAUCCAUCGCCAAAAAGGCCGAGCGCGUCAAGAGCUUCCUCGCCGACCCGAAGAACGAGCUUCUCGCCAUCGACCCGCCGCUGCCGAUGCCCCUCGACCCCUCGGUCAAGAUCACGGGCAUCGUGCCCGACCAGGUGACGGUCUUCAAGUCGUCGCUGAACCCCAUCAAGUGCACCUUCAAGACGACGACGGGGAGCUCGUACCCCAUCAUCUUCAAGCUCGGCGACGACUUGCGCCAGGACCAGCUCGUCAUCCAGAUCAUCACCCUCAUGGACCAGCUGCUGCAGAAGGAAAACCUCGACCUCAAGCUGUCGCCCUACAAGAUUCUCGCCACGAGCACCACCGCCGGCGCCUCCCAGUUCGUCCAGUCGCAGAGCCUGUCGAGCAUCGUCGGCAAGUUCAAGGCCAACCCGGCCCUGGCCUACCUCAGGCACCACAACCCCGACGACAGGCAGCCGCUCGGCGUUCGCCAGGAAACCAUCGACACCUACGUCCGAUCCUGCGCCGGCUACUGCGUCAUCACCUACAUCCUCGGCGUCGGCGACCGCCAUCUCGACAACCUCCUCCUCGCCCCGGACGGCCACUUCUUCCACGCCGACUUUGGCUUCAUCCUCGGCCGCGACCCGAAGCCCUUUGCUCCCGUCAUGAAGCUGACCAAGGAGAUGGUCGAGUGCAUGGGCGGCGUCAGCUCGGAGCACUACCAAAAGUUCAAGCAGUACUGCUUCCUGUCCUACACGGCCUUGCGCAAGUCGUCGAACCUGCUCCUCAACCUUUUCAGCCUCAUGGUCCACGCAAACAUACCCGACAUCCGGCUCGAACCAGACAAGGCCGUUCUAAAGGUCCGGGAAAGGUUUCACCUCGAGCUGAGCGAGGAGGAGGCCAUCGUCUACUUUGGAAACGUCAUCGAGGGCACCCUGACUGCCUUUGCUCCCGUCGUCAUCGACAAGCUCCACGAGUGGGCACAGGCCUUGAGGGCGUAG